CCGGUCUUCAGCGACCAUCCUGCGACCAUAGGUCCCUCCUGCGGAGGCUAACAUGACGAUCAUGGACAGCCCCUCAUAGCAUACUACCUUGCUCGACAGAUAUUAUCUCGCCUUGAUCCGGACGCCGGCGCAAAAGCGGAAGCGCAACAAAAGGCACUCGCCGCUUCGACCCGUCUGCAAUCCAUCUUUGGACAGCAUGGCACCGAAGACGACGCCGAGCACGAUGAAGGGUCUGAUGGUCGACCAGGCGUAUAUCCAGAGGAGCGAAAGCCGCGUAAGCAACCGGAAGAGCUCACGCUUAAUCAAUAUGAGCAGACCAUCGCGAUGGAGGUCGUAAGUCCACACGAUAUACCAGUUACCUUUGAAGACAUAGGCGGGCUGGACGACAUCAUUGAGGAGCUUCGCGAGUCGAUCAUCUACCCGUUAACAAUGCCUCACCUGUAUGCAUCACACUCUUCGCUGCUAACCGCGCCGUCUGGCGUACUACUGUACGGUCCGCCUGGGUGCGGGAAGACAAUGCUAGCCAAAGCGUUAGCGCGGGAAAGUGGCGCAUGCUUCAUCAACCUCCACAUCUCUACUCUGACGGAGAAGUGGUACGGUGACAGCAACAAGCUCGUCGCUGCUGUAUUCUCAUUAGCGAGGAAGUUGCAGCCGAGCAUUGUCUUUAUCGAUGAGAUCGACGCUGUACUUGGACAACGUCGCAGCGGCGAGCACGAAGCCAGCGGCAUGGUGAAGGCGGAGUUCAUGACGCAUUGGGAUGGUUUGGCCUCCUCCACCGCGUCGGGUGGCAGCCAACGUAUUUGCAUCCUCGGCGCGACGAAUCGAAUUCAGGAUAUCGAUGAAGCUAUUCUUCGCCGCAUGCCCAAGAAGUUCCCAAUCAGCUUACCGAAUGCGGGACAAAGAAGGCAGAUCUUCAAGCUAACCUUGCGUGACACUAAGCUUGAUCGCUCAAAGCUCCACGACGGCUCGUCCGCUUUCAGUCUCGAUACGCUUGUAAGGCUCAGUGCGGGAAUGUCGGGCAGCGACAUCAAAGAAGCGUGUCGGGAUGCGGCCAUGGUGCCUGUAAGGGAGCACAUCAAGGCCGCUAAGGCGAGCGGGCAGAGUAUGCGAGGCAUCAGGAGCGAAGACGUGCGUGGCCUGCAGACUGAUGACUUCUUUGGACGGAAGCAGUUGCGGAAGAUCGAGCCGGAGGACGAUGAGCCUCGAACGCCAGAGAGUGGGAAGACGGAAGAGGUCGAAGAGUUCGAGGACGCGGACGGCGAGGUAGCGGCCCAAGCUUGAGCUUCAUGUCACUUGUUUUUCUGCUCUGAAGCUAGGUAUCCCUACCUCACAGCAUUGGAGAACCUGCCAAUGAGAUGUGUUAACAACACAGGGCUACCGAAAGCCCAUCGCGCUCCUGAAAGCCCACCGCGCUCCGCAAAUGUAGCGCCUGGACGACGGACUGAUUGAGCUCCUGGACGACUCCACAGCGGAAUC